GUUUGCGGAGCUCAACUCGGCCGCCCGCAGCGCCGCUGGGCAGAGGGUCCAGCUGACCCGGUACCACAGCCCCUCAGAAAACUUUCCCCUGCACCACAAACGCGACACAAUUAACAAGGUGUGUCUGCCCGGUCUGACACAGCAAGUACAAAACAAUUCCAAACUUCCAAUGACUUGUGUUGCUUCAACUGACAAAAGACCCAGCCUCUUUUAAGUGCUUUCUUUGCUUCUCCUCAACAGUCAGGCUCCUCCUGCAAGCUGUUUUUUCCUGAAGACCCCGUGAAGAUCGUACAGGCAAAAGGCCAGUACAUGUAUGAUGAGCAUGGAAGACAAUACCUUGACUGCAUAAACAACGUUGCUCAUGUUGGACAUUGUCACCCUGCUGUUGUACAAGCAGCCCAUGAACAAAACCAACUGUUAAACACAAACUCUCGUUAUCUCCAUGACAACUUGGUUGAUUAUGCAGAGAGACUUUCAAAAACGCUACCUGAGAAGUUAUGCAUCUUUUAUUUUUUGAAUUCUGGAUCUGAAGCUAAUGACCUUGCCCUAAGGUUGGCACGACAGUUUACAAAACAUGAAGAUGUUAUAGUUUUAGAGCAUGCUUACCAUGGACACCUGACAUCCCUGAUUGACAUAAGCCCAUACAAAUUCAGAAAUCUAGAAGGACAAAAGGAAUGGGUCCACGUGGCUCCUGUUCCAGACACAUACAGAGGACUUUAUAGAGAAGACCAUGAAGACUCAGCAACUGCCUAUGCUAAUGAAGUGAAAAAUAUUAUCGAGCAAGCACAGAAGAGAGGCAGAAAGAUUGCUGCCUUUUUUGUUGAAUCUCUGCCAAGUGUGGGUGGUCAAAUAAUUCCACCAGCAGGCUAUUUUCAGAAGGUUGCAGAGCACGUGCACAAGGCAGGAGGCAUAUUUAUUGCUGAUGAAAUUCAGGUUGGCUUUGGCAGGGUUGGCAAGCACUUCUGGGCAUUCCAGCUCCAAGGAGAUGAUUUCAUACCUGAUAUUGUCACUAUGGGAAAGCCAAUAGGAAAUGGGCACCCUCUUGCCUGUGUGGCAACAACAAGAGAGAUUGCAGAAGCAUUUGCAGCCACAGGAGUAGAGUAUUUUAAUACAUUUGGAGGAAACCCUGUUUCCUGUGCAAUUGGGUUAGCUGUGUUAGAUGUGAUUGAGAAGGAACAGCUUCAGGCUCAUGCCACAGAAGUAGGAAACUUCUUGAUGAAGCUACUCAAGGAGCAGAAAAUCAAGCAUCCAAUCAUUGGGGAUGUCAGGGGUUCUGGCUUAUUCAUUGGUGUGGACUUAAUCAAGGAUCAAACAGAAAGGACCCCAGCCACAGCAGAAGCAGAGCAUCUAAUAACAAGACUUAAGGAAGAAUAUAUUCUACUGAGUACAGAUGGGCCAGGAAGAAAUGUUCUUAAAUUCAAGCCCCCAAUGUGCUUCAGCAUGGAGGAUGCAAAAUUUGUUGUGGACACAAUUGACAAGCUACUAACAGAUAUGGAAAAAGAAUGUGUGACCCAUCAGAAAACAUCCACUCCUUCUACCUGAGCAGGUUUCAAACAAUGUUCAAGAUCUACUACUAAGAAACAUUAUUCUACUAUAGUAAUGAACAUUUAAUCUUCAUCCUAGCAUGUCUUUGACCAGAUAAGUUACCUUUGAUUUUGUUAUUAGUAAAAAGCUUUAGAAGAAAUAAAUCUUACAUGAGUUUGUUUCAACUCUG